AUGUUGAGGCUUCUGCCGCCGUUUUGUAGGCGUUUGCGCUGCAGCUGCUGGACGGCCUUUGCCACCGGCCUUCCCGCGCCAUUACUUACCCGAGCAGUCUCCGAGAUCGCUACCUCGCUCGGCAGUGCACUUGGAUUCCUUAAGCAGCAAAUGCAGCAGCAGCAACAGCAUCAACUGCAACAACACGUGGAGAACGCGAUGCUCACCGCAGCUGCAUGCGCUCAGGCUCUCUGGGCUCUCGUUUCACAGCGCAGCGAGGUGACGAGGUGCCUAAGGAAGGAUGGACGUCGCGGUAGUUCGCUGCAGCAGAGCUGGCUGUCUGCUGCCCAGUUGCUUUUGGCGCUGCUGCUGCAAGGCUCGCAUGGAACUGCAGCCGCCGCAACAUCGACAGGCCCCUUCAACGGCCGCGGCUCUUCCCCCGUGCAGCAGGCAGAGCAGCCUCACUUGGCACAAACAGAGCAGCUACAGGAGGAGCAGUCCCAACGACGCUUGUCGUGUCUGCAAGCGUGGAUCUGCUGCCGCAGCGUCCAGUUCUUGGGGGCAGCCUUCCGCUGUUGCUGCCUCCUCACAGCGGCCAGUAACCGCCGCUCAGGGCGGAUUUCGGUUGCUACUCAGGGCGCCGGAUCCAAUCCAAGUCCGCCACAGAGCAGGGUGGAAGUUUCGCAGCUCGAAGGAUGGGCCGAUAUUAUGAGUGGCUUUGCCCAGCGCCUCAUUGACGUCGUCGCAUGCAGCAGCAGCGGAGCUGAAGCGCAGAGGGCUGCCCGCAGCACGCGGGAAAACUUCAAACAAAGGGCACCCCACGAGCGGCAGGAGGAUGACGGCCCACUUGUCUAUCUGAGAGGCCGCGCUGCCUUGAGGAGCUGCAGCUUCCUCUUGGGAGUCCUCUGGAAGUCUCACGAGUUUGUCCCUCUGCAGCGGCAGCAACAGGCGCUUUUGCUAAUUCUCGUGCGGCUGCUGCAUACGCUACCUAGGCUACGGCACAGGCGGAUGCUGGAGGACGCACUGGACGCUGUUUAUCGGACCGGGGCGUUAGCAGCCAACCGUGGCAGCAGCAGUAGGAGGAUGCUGCUAUUUCUGGCAGCAGAAGUGCUUAGUGUGCGGCAGCAGCAACUCCAGGGCACGGUGGGAGCAUCAGCAGGAGGAGCAAGCCAACGGGCCUGCGUUGGAACAGGUAAAGUCAUAGGUCCCUCUUGGCAGCGGCGAUUGCUGUGUUCAAGUCUUCUGUCGCUUGCGUUUGAGCUGAUGGCUGGAGCCGCUGCAGCUGAAGAAGGGGGAGAAAUGGUUGCUGAGGUGUCAUGCCACCUCAGAGAUGUGCCGCGUGCUGCUUUACAAAGUGCAUAUGACGAAUUCUGCGAACACCACCUUUACAAAGGAAAUGCUUGA